CCAUUCCUGCUUGUGGAUUUUUCUGCUGUCCCGUCUCUCUCCCACCAGGCGGUCACUGAACAGGCAGAAGCAUGUCGGACGGCYGAGCCUGCAGACCUAGUGUUCUUGGUGGAUGAGUCGUGGGGCYUGGGCCAGACCAGCUUCUCCAGGGUUAAAGACUUCAUCUCGGCCAUCAUUAAUUCCUUUCAGGACAGCGUGGUGGGGUCCGAGGGCAUCCGCUUUGGAGUCACCGUCUACGGAGAUAUACCCAGGAUGCGUAUCGCACUGACAGACUACAGUAGUCUCGAGGAGGUCCUGAGGGCAGUAAAGGACCUCCCCUUUGAAGGCGGGGCCAGUCGAACGGGRGACGCCCUCCAGUUCCUGGUGGAUUAUGUCUUCAGCGCGGCUAUCAUCAGGGACAACACCCCCAAGAUUGCUGUCCUGAUCACAAACGGCCGUUCGGAUGACCAGGUGGAUGGGCCGGCCAAGGCUGUCACAGACAGUGGAUCUCUAUAUAUGCAGUGGGGGUGAGAGGAGCCGACGAAUCAGAGCUGCGCAGGAUUGUGACUGAGCCCCACGAGGAACACCUGUUGCUAGCCGCUGACUUCUCUCUCCUGGAUGCUCUCCUGCCCAAACUGUCCCGAAGAAUCUGUUUCACCGCCUCUGAACCCCCACGCCCCGUCAAACACACCCCGGKCGGUGAGAAUUAGUUCCAACCACUGAUCUAGGAUCAGAUUGCUCACCUCCAAURGGAGCCCUAACCAUUAYAGGGGGGAAAAGAAUCUGAUCCUUUAUCAGUGGUUGAGGGRAACUUCGAAAGUACCUACUCCUGAGAAUGCCCAGAGAUGUUCUGCUAUGCAGGUAUCUUUGUGUAGUGUGGCUAGAUGUCAGCUGUACAUGGUUAUUGUAUAUGUGUAUAUAUUUAAACAUGUUAUUUUGUUUAGUGGUGUCUGGUACGUACUCUGUAUGCUCUUUAUGUUUUAACCUCUUUAUGU